ACGACCGAAACUAUGCAGUUUUCGUUAUUUCGUUACGAUUUCAUCCUCCUCUUGUUCCUUUUCCUCUGUUUUUUCCCACGUGCUUGUUUUCCCGCCAGAAUCACACCGGAGCAAAUAACUGUCACAACUACCGACGACACACAUACGCACAGGGCCGCGUGGUUUAACUUCACUCGCUUUAAGGACGCCGAAAACGGUAGCCACGUCAUCUCCGGCAUGUCGGAACUCAAGAAAUACUUCCAACGUUUCGGGUACCUCUCGGUCCGAAACGAAAGUUUCACUGGCGCUUACGACACCCAAUUUGAAUCCGCCGUUAUCUUGUACCAGAGAAAACUCGGCUUACCGGUCACCGGGAAGCUCGAUUCCGACACGACAUCGACGAUCAUAGCGCCGAGGUGCUGCGUCUCCGAUUCCUCCCCCGCGAAGAUCCAUGCAACGAAACACAUUGCCUAUUUCAACGGAAUGCCCAGAUGGAACAACGAUUCGGUUUCGACGACGACGACCAUGACGUUAACCGCCUUCUCCCCUUCGAACAUGAUAAACUACAUAACCUUACCGGAAAUCCGAACAGUUUUCAAACGUUCGUUCUCGAGAUGGGCUUCGGUGAUUCCCAUAAACUUCACGGAAGUUCAAGAACACGAGGAAGCCGAUAUAACAAUCGGGUUUUACGGCGGCGACCACGGCGACGGGGCCUUAGGAGUGUUAGCUCAUUCAUUUGCGCCGGAGAACGGAAGGAUUCACUUCGAUGAAGAUGAAACGUGGGCCGUAGAUUUCAAGAAAGCGAAAUCUAAGUCGGCUGUUGACUUGGAGUCGGUAGCGACUCACGAGAUCGGUCAUAUUCUAGGGUUGGGUCAUAGCUCGGUCCAGGACGCCGUGAUGUACCCGAGCUUGAGUCCUCUAAGAAGAAGAAGGGAACUGAAACUUGACGAUGUCGAAGGUGUUCAAGCUUUGUAUGGGUCGAACCCUAACUUCGAGAUCAGCUCUUUGUUAGAAUUCGAUAAUGUUUCUAACAAAGGAACUGGACUUGUCUGUAGAUCGUCAAACUGGACUCUUUCUUUGGUAGUGCUACUGUUCUUCAUUCUCUUGGUGAUAGUUUAG